AUGCUGCUUUGGCUGACCCUCGCCCUCCUGGGGAGCACCACCUGCUGGGCAGGGCAGAUGUACGGGAUUGGGCAAGGCAAAUACUUCAGCACCUCUAGCGACUGCGAAAUCACCGGGAUCCGGGUGGCCACGAGUAUCUUUGGCCUGAUGAAGAGUAUCCAGGUGAGAUGCGGGUCGUCCUGGAGCACAGUGUAUGGCACCUCCGGGGGGAACACCCAGGAAUUCAUCCUGCAGCCGGGAGAGUACAUCACUAUGAUCUCUGGCUCCUACAAGUUGUACAUGCACUCCCUGGUCAUAUACACACAUAUGGGUCGCUACGGCUUAUUCGGCAAGGAAAGUGACUUCAGCUUCAUGGCCUACCCCGAUGAGGAGGGGCAGGUGCUCACAGGCAUCUGUGGCCAGCACAAGCUCUUAGGCAUCUCGGGCCUCUGCUUUAACUGGAGCUAUCCUCCAACCAACAUCACAGAGGUGUAUGCCUUCCCAUGA